AUGUGCAAGAAGGCAGCUUGCGACACAUGCAACAAAACGACAUGGUGGGGCUGCGGCAAGCAUGUCUCGGGCGUCAUGAGCCACGUGCCGGCCUCGGAGUGGUGCACAUGCGCUCCGCGCGUGCAGGUCGACGACAAGACAUAUCCACCCAUGGGCACGCUUGCGGCCGCGUGA